AUGGAACUGAUUGGCAACAAGCAGCGGCGCCGUGAGGAGGCGGGAGAGUCAGGCAGGGAGUCGUCGGCAGAGGCGCUGCUCUCCGGGGAAACCCGUCUGUACCAGAAGCACUUCCCCGGGGUGCUGAGGAAAUAUGCAUACCGCUUUGAUGGGUCGGGCAAUUACUCGGACAAGGACUGGGAUCUGGAGGAAGGCCAGGGGAGCGAGUUCUGCUGGUACCACGUGGAGCUCCCCAAGGGGGACCAGAAGCUAAGCAAGAACGCUCAGUACCUCAUCGACGUUCUCUGCCCUCCGCUGAAGCUCCACGAAAUCCUCGCUCUGGUGAGCAACGGGCCCUACUGCGGGCAAGUCGACCGCGCCCUCGUCUUCAGGGUGAACUCCCCGGGCCCGUCGGCGAGCGACUUCACCCUCCGGUUCGCCGUGAGGGUCACGGGGAGAUCGGUGAUCACCGUCUCCCUGGGGCGCAUCCCCAGGAUGGGCUUCUCCAGGUACCGCCUCCCCCUCCUCAACGACGUGCCCAUGGUAGGGAGCGGCGGCGGCGGCGGCGCCGCCUCCUCUUUCGCCGGCAGAGACCAGGCCAACGGCGUGGGUACAGUGAUCGACGAGCACCUCCUCGAGUUCCUGCUGAGGAUGGAUCACUCGGAAGAGGCCGACAACCCCGUGCCGGCGACCGUGUCCAACCUCGUCGUGCACAUCAUCGACACCUACGUCGACCACGUCCACGACAUCAUCACCAACCUCGAGAUGGAGCUGGACGCGGUGGAGCUCGAGCUGGAUAAAGGUGACCAUCCCGAAACCUCUGCUUCUGCCUAGACCCGUCUGCCUCCAGCGGCGCCCGUCUGUCCCGUUCGACCCCGCCGGAGAGUCCCUGCUCUUCCAAGCAUAGGAUUUUCCUUCUGGCGGCGGCAGCAGGGACCUCCUCUCUUCAUAUUCUGCCGGGAGAGUCGUCCAGCAGUUGUUGAUACCUCGUUCCAAGGUCUGGGGGGUGGGGAUUUCAGGUGCUUUUGGGCCAUAAUUAAUCACCGGGAGAUCACAGCAUUGCGCGCCACUGUCUCCUCCUUGCUCAUCCGAGUUUUACAUCACCAGCCCUUCCUCCAAAUUCCGGUAAGGUGAUCGGUCAUUUUGUGAUGAACUCCGGGUUUAUCCUCAGAUCAAUGGGGUCCUCCCCGUCCUCACUUUCAAAACUCGUCAAAAAUUUGUUUCCAUCGCAGGGUGACUGGCUACUGAAACACUCACCAUUCUUACCUCCUCCUUCUCGCUCCCUUGGUUUUCCGGGCCUCCGCAACAGACCUCAGACGGAAGAUCUUUGCAAUAUUACUGCUUAGGCAGAUUUUCUGGCGUGAUGGUUCUUGAUGAUAAUGACGCUCUGCACCCGCAUUCGGUCGGACUUCUUCUCCCUCCCUUCUUGGGUUCAGCCUUAGAAUCGGUGCGUCGCCUACAUUACAUCAAAUCCUUGCUUUUCCCCUCCCCUCUCCUCCCCUCCCCCGUGGAACGGAGUCUGCCUGCCUGUUGGAGGUGACCCGGCUGGGAUGGUGAGGGCGGGCUCCCACGUCUUCUUCUUCUCCAUCUCGGAUUUCCGCGGCUCUGAACGAUAUUUCUACCUUGCAAUGCUUCCUGAGAUCCCCCCGAUCACCUGUCCCUCCCGAGGUUGUUGAUUACUUCUCUCGCAGGCGGCUUUACGGCGAAGAAGCAGAUGAUGGACGACCGGCGAUUUCCCAAGAUGCAUCUGAAUCUGCAGCGUCUCCUGCAGGUGAUUCCAGAAGCCGAAACCAGGAAAAGAUUCGAAACCCUGCGGGGGAGCAAAACAGGACGCGACAAUUCCUUCACAUCCGGAGAGUUUACCUGCGCAGGUGGUUGCCCACGGAGAGCAGGUCUUCCCUCGAGUGAAGGAAAAGUUGGCGAACAAGAGCUGGUUUGCAUCCGAGGACACCCUCUCUCUGGAGGAGCUCAUCGGCCGGCUCCGGCGGCUGAAGGAGAACGUCGGCUUCAUUGUGAACCGGGUCACCGCGAUCCAGGCCGGCCUCGACAGCUGGCAGGCGGAGCAGAUCAAUCGGAAGCUCUACUACCUCUCGUUCCUGUCGAUGAUCUUCCUUCCCCUGUCCAUAGUCACCGGCAGUAAGUCCCUCCUCCCACGCCCAUUCAUUCCUUCCCAUACUCGCUUCGGUUCCCGGGAAAGAAGAGCCGGAGGACGCUGUCUGACAGAGACUCGCUCGCUCGCUCUUAUUCCCCUCCUCUCUUGGGUGCAGUCUUCGGGAUGAAUGUCGGCGGCGUUCCGUGGACGGCGCAGAGGGCCCCUUCUCUGGACAACGGCUUCCGCAACGUCCUGCUGAUCUGCGCGGGGAUACUGCUGUUCCUCCUCGUCUGCUUCACCUUCCCCGCCCUCUACGCCCGCAUCUCGGCCUGGAAGCGGCGGCGGGCGCUCAAGAGGAACUUGUCUCUGAACCGCAAGUCCUUCCUGAAGAGAGGCGCCAACGGGAGCCCCUCCGAGGGCAGAGGCUACGUCCGGAUCUGA